GAGCGGCGGCGCUGCCUGGCCAGGCCCGGACCGGGCUUUGUCCGCCCCGGAGGCCCCUGCCCGCGCCGCGGAGACCCCGGAGCCCCGGAGCCCGCGCUCCGCACCCGCCCCGCGCCGGGAUUUCGGGCGAGGCCCGCUGAGCUGCGGGGUGGGAGGAGGCCCCAGCCAGCCCAGCUGCAAACCUUCAGCUGAACCUUGUCACCCCGUGGCCUCAGGCACUGCAGGAACUGAAGAUGACGAGUUCUGUGGCAUCCUACGAGCAGCUGGUGCGGCAGGUGGAGGCUUUGAAGGCCGAGAACAGUCACCUGAGGCAGGAGCUUCGAGACAACUCGAGCCACCUGUCCAAGCUGGAGACGGAGACCUCUGGCAUGAAGGAGGUCCUGAAGCACUUGCAGGGCAAGCUGGAGCAGGAAGCCCGAGUGCUGGUGUCCUCGGGGCAGACGGAGGUGUUGGAGCAGCUGAAAGCCCUGCAGAUGGACAUCACCAGCCUGUACAACCUCAAGUUCCAGCCGCCUGCCCUGGACCCAGAGCCCCCCACCCGGAGCCCUGAGGGAAGCCCGGUGCACGGCUCCGGGCCAUCCAAGGACAGUUUUGGGGAGCUGAGCCGGGCCACAAUCCGGUUGCUGGAGGAACUGGACCGGGAACGGUGCUUCCUGUUGAGUGAGAUUGAGAAGGAGGAGAAGGAGAAGCUCUGGUAUUAUUCGCAGCUCCAGGGCCUGUCCAAACGCCUGGACGAGCUGCCGCACGUGGAGACGCAGUUCUCGAUGCAGAUGGACCUGAUCCGGCAGCAGCUGGAGUUCGAGGCCCAGCACAUCCGCUCCCUGAUGGAGGAGCGCUUUGGCACCUCGGAUGAGAUGGUGCAGCGGGCGCAGAUCCGCGCUUCGCGCCUGGAGCAAAUAGACAAGGAGCUGCUGGAGGCGCAGGACCGGGUGCAGCAGACAGAACCCCAGGCUCUAUUGGCAGUGAAGUCGGUGCCGGUGGAGGAGGAACCCGAGACAGAGGUCCCCACACACCCUGAGGACGGCACUCCUCAGCCGGGCAACAGCAAGGUGGAGGUGGUCUUCUGGCUGCUGUCCAUGCUGGCGACCCGCGACCAGGAGGACACUGCGCGCACUCUGCUCGCCAUGUCCAGCUCACCGGAGAGCUGUGUGGCCAUGCGCCGCUCCGGCUGCCUGCCUCUGCUGCUGCAGAUCCUGCACGGCGCCGAGGCCGGGGCUGGGGGUCGCAGUGGGACCCCAGGGGCGCCGGGCGCCAAGGAUGCACGCAUGCGCGCCAAUGCGACGCUGCACAACAUCGUCUUCUCCCAGCCCGACCAGGGCCUGGCGCGCAAGGAAAUGCGCGUCCUGCACGUGCUGGAGCAGAUCCGUGCGUACUGCGAGACCUGCUGGGACUGGCUGCAGGCCCCGGAUGGCGGGCCCGAGGGCGGGGGCGCCGGCGGCGCCCCCAUCCCCAUCGAGCCGCAGAUCUGCCAGGCCACCUGUGCGGUGAUGAAGCUGUCCUUUGAUGAGGAGUACCGCCGUGCCAUGAACGAGCUAGGUGGGCUGCAGGCCGUGGCGGAGCUACUGCAGGUUGACUACAAGAUGCACAAGAUGACCCGGGACCCGCUGAACCUAGCCCUGCGCCGCUACGCGGGCAUGACCCUCACCAACCUCACUUUUGGGGACGUCGCCAACAAGGCCACGCUGUGUGCACGCCGGGGCUGCAUGGAGGCCAUCGUGGCCCAACUGGCCUCAGAGAGCGAGGAGCUCCACCAGGUGGUGUCCAGCAUCCUGCGCAACCUGUCCUGGCGGGCCGACAUCAACAGCAAGAAGGUUCUGCGGGAGGUCGGCAGCAUGACGGCCCUGGUGCAGUGCGUCCUGCGGGCCACCAAGGAGUCCACCCUGAAGAGCGUGCUCAGUGCCCUGUGGAACCUGUCAGCCCACAGCACGGAGAACAAGGCGGCCAUCUGCCAGGUGGAUGGCGCCUUGGGUUUCUUGGUGAGCACGCUGACCUACAAGUGCCAGAGCAACUCUCUGGCCAUCAUCGAGAGCGGCGGUGGCAUCCUGCGCAACGUGUCCAGCCUCAUUGCCACCCGUGAAGACUACAGGCAGGUGCUCCGGGACCACAACUGCCUGCAGACGCUGCUGCAGCACCUGACGUCGCACAGCCUGACCAUCGUGAGCAACGCCUGCGGCACGCUCUGGAACCUGUCCGCCCGCAGCGCGCGGGACCAGGAGCUGCUGUGGGACCUGGGCGCCGUGGGCAUGCUGCGCAACCUGGUGCACUCCAAGCACAAGAUGAUCGCCAUGGGCAGCGCCGCCGCCCUGCGCAACCUGCUGGCCCACAGGCCCGCCAAGUACCAGGCGGCGGCCACCGCCGUGUCGCCGGGCAGCUGUGCGCCCAGCCUGUACGUGCGGAAGCAGCGGGCGCUGGAGGCGGAGCUGGACGCCCGGCACUUGGCACAGGCGCUGGACCACUUGGAGAAGCAGGGCCUGCCUGUGGCCGAGCCCAAGGCCGCCUCCAAGAAGCCGCUGCCACCGCUGCGGCACCUGGACGGGCUGGCCCAGGACUACGCUUCGGACUCCGGCUGCUUUGACGAUGACGACGCACCGUCCCUGGCCGCGGCUGCUGCCACUGCAGAGCCAGCCAGCCCUGCGGCACUGUCCCUCUUCCUGGGCAGUCCCUUCCUGCAGGGACAGGCGCUGGCUCGCAACCAGCCUACCCACCGCAGUGGCCUGGAGGCCGAGAAGGAGGCCAGUGGGGAAGCGGCCGUGGCGGCCCAGGCCAAGGCCAAGCUGGCGCUAGCGGUGGCACGCAUCGACCGGCUGGUGGAGGACAUCUCCGCCCUGCACACCUCGUCUGAUGACAGCUUCAGCCUCAGCUCCGGGGACCCUGGGCAGGAGGUGCCGAGGGAGGGCCGUGCCCAGUCCUGCUCGCCCUGCCGGGGCCCUGAGGGUGGGCGGCGGGAGGCUGGCAGCCGGGCACACCCGCUGCUGCGGCUCAAGGCGGCCCACGCCAGCCUCUCCAAUGACAGCCUCAACAGCGGCAGCACCAGCGAUGGGUACUGCCCACGCGAGCACAUGCGGCCCUGCCCGCUGGCCGCGCUGGCGGAGCACCACAAUGACCCCCGGUGUGGGCAGGCUCGGCCCAGCCGGCUGGACCUUGACCUGGCGGGUGGCCAGUCCGAGGCCCCGGUGCGGGAGGCCGCGCCCACUGACGUCCGCGUGCAUACCAUCAAGCUCUCACCCACCUACCAGCACGUGCCGCUGCUCGAGGGUGCGAGCAGGGCCGGCGCAGGGCCCCUCGCCGGGCAUGGGCCCUCUCCUGGGGCCCGGAAGCAGGCCUGGCUGCCCGCUGACACCCCGAGCAAGGUGCCCGAGAAGCUGGCAGCCACCCCGCUGCCCGUGGCCAGCAAGGUGCUGCAGAAGCUGGUGGCGCAGGAGGGGCCGCUCUCGCUCUCCCGCUGCAGCUCCCUGUCCUCGCUGUCCUCAGCCGGGCGCCCGGGCCCCAGCGAGGGUGGUGACCUGGAUGACAGCGACUCUUCCCUGGAGGGGCUGGAGGAGGCCGACCCUGGCGAAGCCAAGCUGGACGGGGCGUGGCGGGGGUCUGGGGCCGCCUCCCUGCCGGUGGCCAUCCCAGCACCCCGGCGGGGCCGAGGCCGGGGCCUGGGUGUGGAGGACGCCACGCCGUCCAGCUCCUCGGAGAACUACGUGCAGGAGACGCCACUGGUGCUCAGCCGCUGCAGCUCGGUGAGCUCGCUGGGGAGCUUUGAGAGCCCGUCCAUUGCCAGCUCUAUCCCCAGCGACCCCUGCAGCGGCCUGGGCAGCGGCACUGUCAGCCCCAGCGAGCUGCCCGACAGCCCCGGGCAGACCAUGCCGCCCAGCCGCAGCAAGACCCCGCCACUGGCGCCCGCGCCGUCGGGCCAGCCGGAGACGAGCCAGUUCAGCCUGCAGUGGGAGAGCUACGUGAAGCGCUUCCUGGACAUCGCCGACUGCCGCGAGCGCUGCCGGCUGCCGUCCGAGCUGGACGCUGGGAGCGUCCGCUUCACCGUGGAGAAGCCCGACGAGAACUUCUCGUGCGCCUCCAGCCUCAGCGCGCUGGCGCUGCACGAGCACUACGUGCAGCAGGACGUGGAGCUGCGGCUGCUGCCCCCCGCCUGCCCUGAGCGCGGUGGGGGCGCAGGGGGCGCCGGCCUCCACUUUGCCGGGCACCGCCGCAAGGAUGACGGGCCGGUGCCCGCAGGCUCUCGCACCCGCUCGGCCGCCGACCAAGAGCUGGAGCUGCUGCGCGAAUGCUUGGGGGCCGCCAUGCCCGCCCGCCUCCGCAAGGUGGCCUCAGCGCUGGUGUCCGGCCGCCGGGCACUGCCUGUGCCGGUCUACAUGCUGGUGCCCGCCCCGGCCCGGGAGGACGACUCCUGCACGGACUCGGCUGAGGGCACACCUGUCAACUUCUCCAGCGCCGCCUCGCUCAGCGAUGAGACGCUGCAGGGACCGCCCAGAGACCAGCCCGGGGGGCUGGCAGACAGGCAGAGACCCACAGGCCGCACAGCCCCGGCUAAGCAGGCUGCCGGGCACCGGCACAAGGCGGGGGGCACAGGCCGGAGCACGGAGCAGGCCCGGGGGGCCGGCAGGAACCGGGCAGGGCUGGAGCUACCCCUAGGGCGGCCCUCGAGCGCCCACUCAGACAGGGACAGCGCGUGCCCAGGCCGGGCACGCGGAGAUGGGGCGCUGCAGUCACUGUGCCUCACCACGCCCACCGAGGAGGCCGUGUACUGCUUCUACGGCAACGACUCUGACGAGGAGCCAGCCGCUGCCGCACCGGCCCUCCGGCAGGCGUCUGCCAUCCCCCAGGCCUUGACGAGGGAGCGCCCAGCGGGCAGGAAGGAGGCUUCGGCCAGGGCCAAGGCCGCGCCACCUGCCCUGCCACCGGCUCGGGCGCAGCCCAGCCUCAUCGCUGACGAGACCCCGCCCUGCUACUCCCUGAGCUCCUCUGCCAGCUCCCUCAGCGAGCCUGAGCCCCCCGAGCGGCCAGCCGGACGUCCACGGGGCCGGGAGCCAGCAGUCGCUAAGGACCCAGGCCUGGGAGGUGGGCACGACAGCUCCCCCAGUCCACGGGCGGAGGAGGAGCUGCUGAGGCGGUGCAUUGGCUCGGCCAUGCCCAGGCGCCGGCCCCCGCUGGCCGGGCUGCGGCGUCGCAAGCCACGAGCUACCCGGCCAGAUGAGCGGCCGGCGGAGGUGCCCCGGGAGCACGGAGAGGAGGCGGCAGGCUCGGACCAGGCGUCCGACCUGGAUAGCGUCGAGUGGCGUGCCAUCCAGGAAGGUGCCAAUUCCAUCGUCACAUGGCUGCACCAGGCGGCGGCUGCCACCCGAGAGGCCUCCUCAGAGUCUGACUCCAUGCUGUCCUUCCCGUCGGGGCUGUCGAUGGGCUCUACCCUGCAGCCCCCCAAGCACAGAAAGGGCCGACAGGUCAGGGCAUCGGGCGAGGUGAGCAGUCCCCGGCGGCCAGAGAAACGAGUUACGGCCUCAGCCAAGAGCAGGGGCAGCCCCCACUCCCCUGGAGGCCCCGAGAAGCCCCGCGGCACUCAGAAGACUGCGUCUGGGGUGCCAACUGUGCUCCGAGGACGGACAGUGAUCUACGUGCCCAGUCCAGCCACCCAAGCCCAGCCCAAAGGCGCCACCGGCCCCCGUGCCACACCGCGAAAGAUGGGGCUCCCUGGUCCCACACAGCCAGCGGCCCCAGCCAAAGCCCCCAGCCCAGGGCAGCAGCGGUCUCGGAGCCUGCACCGGCCUGGGAAGACCUCAGAGCUGGCGACGCUAUGCCAGCCCCCGAGGAGUGCCACACCACCUGCCCGCCUGGCCAAGACUCCCUCCUCCAGCUCCUCCCAGACCUCGCCCGCCUCUCAGCCCCUGCCCAGGAAGUGCCCGCCAGCCCCCCAGGCUGCAGGGCCCCUGCCUGGCCCUGGGGCCUCCCCUGUGCCCAAGACUCCGGCGCGCGCCCUGCUGGCCAAGCAGCACAAGACGCAGAAGUCGCCCGUGCGCAUCCCGUUCAUGCAGAAGCCGGCCAGGCGGGGACCCCCGCCGCUGGCCCGGGCAGCCCCCGAGCCAGGCCCUAGGGGCCGGGUGGGAGCCGAGGGGGGCCCGGGCGCGCGCGGAGGCCGCCUGGGCCUGGUGCGCGUGGCCUCUGCCCGCUCCAGCGGCAGCGAGUCGUCCGACCGCUCGGGGUUCCGGCGACAGCUGACCUUCAUCAAGGAGUCUCCAGGGCUGCUGCGCCGCCGCCGCUCAGAGCUGUCCUCGGCCGAGUCCACGGCCUCCGCUCCCCAAGUCUCAUCGCCCCGCCGAGGGCGGCCCGCGCUGCCUGCUGUCUUUCUCUGCUCCUCUCGCUGCGACGAACUGCGGGCGGCGCCCCGGCAGGCCUCGGCCCCGCAACGGACCCCAGCCACCCGGCCGGGCCCCGGGGAGCGCGCGUCCCGGCGCACCAGCUCCGAGAGCCCGUCCCGCCUGCCAGUGCGCACGCCCGCCGUGCGGCCAGAGCCCGUGAAGCGCUACGCGUCCCUGCCCCACAUCAGCGUGGCGCGCCGCCCCGACACCGCCCCCGCGCCCCCUGGCCCUGCCGACCCCGCUCGCCGCAGCAGCGAUGGGGAGGCCCGGCCCCUGCCCAGGGUGGCCGCGCCGGGCACCACGUGGCGCCGCAUCCGGGAUGAGGACGUGCCCCACAUUCUGCGCAGCACGCUGCCCGCCACGGCGCUGCCCCUCAGGGCCACCACGCCCGAGGAGGGCCCGGCCAGCCCCCCGCCGCGCAAGACCAGCGACGCGGUGGUGCAGACCGAGGAGGUAGCUGCCCCCAAGACCAACUCCAGCACGUCCCCAAGCCUGGAGAGCAGGGAGCCACCCGGGGUCCCGGCUGGCAGCCAGGCUGCCCUCCUCGGCAGCGAUGUGGACGGGCCGGUCCCCACCAAGGCACCCAGUGCUGUCCCCUUCGUCCACGAGGGCCUGGGUGUUGCCGUGGGGGUCUUCCCUGCCAGCCGGCAUGGCUCCCCCAGCCGUGCGGCCCGAGUGCCCCCCUUCAACUAUGUGCCCAGUCCCAUGGUGGCAGCCACCACCGAGUCUGCCGCAGAGAAAGCCCCAGCCACCACCUCCACCAGCCUCCUGGAAUAGUGGCCUUGCUGGCCUUCUGGAACAUUCUCUCCUGGCCCUGAGGCCCAGUCUGGCUGCCAGGGGGCCUCCGCUAUAGAUGCUCCCAGUAGGUCGCUCCAGGGUCUCUGCCCACCCGAGUCCCACCUGCAGAGCCCCCACCCAGCACCCAGCGGCCUCACACCCCUUGGGGAAGGCCCCGCUACUGUGCUGUGGGUGCUGCUGCCAGGCACAAGUCCUGCCACUGAGCGCACGGGGCGCCCUGGCCCAGCCCUUGGCCGCCUUGCACACAGACCACCUAGGGGCUCUGUGGUCAUUGGCCUCAGCCCUCAAGACCCCUCCCCUCUGGAGAGCUUAAGCUCCUGCACUUGCAGCAGGGGCACCGCCGGGGGAGGGGACGGCAGCCAUCUGAGGGGGGCACAGGCUGAGGGAGGUGGCGCCCUGAGAAAGCUGUAAUUACAGCAGCAGCGGGUAAUUCCUUAAUGAUGGCUUUGCGGGGCUUGUUUUCAUUCUGAGUCCCAGCUGGGGGAGUGCGGGGUGAGGGUGUGGCUGAGCCCAACAGGAACACCCCUACCCUGAUGGGGGUGUUCAGGGAGCCUGGAGCCGACACUGGGGGAGGUGCUGGCGGGUGGGCAGUGGGCAGGGGAGGGGGCCACCAGGUCACCCUGUCCCCUGCAGGAAGAUGGGGAGGCAGGUGGUGUGGGGAAGACUGGAGAGCACCUAGUGCACACCCCGGGCCGGGCGGAUGUGGGGCCACCCUGUGCUCUGGCUGCUGCCAGUGUCCUCCAACCUCACCUGGAAGACACUGGCUGCCAGCUAGGUUGACCCCAGAGGUCGCUGGAGUCAUGAUCAGGCCAGCCCAGCCAUGGUGGGGAUGGGAAAGAGGCCUGGCCUCUGUCCCCACGGGAGACUGCACUUUAUGGACGUGGUUGGUCGUGAGCGCCAAUGGCUGUGCCGCUGGGGGUCUUGUUCCCUUUUCAAUUUUUCUCAUUUAUGACUCAUAAACUGCUGGGACCUUGGAACUCCAGGGACAGCACUGCUGGGGGCAGGGGAAACUGGAGCCUCGUCCUCCACCAAGCUGAGAAAGCAUGAACUCAACACGGGGCUUUGGAAUGAGGUGGGAGCCCAAGGCCAGCCGGCUGGAUGUGAGGAGGCCGCGAACCAGGUGCUGG